CCUCCCUCCAUCUGUCUGUCUGUCUGAGGAGAGACUGGUACAUCCACCUCCCUCCCUCCAUCUGUCUGUCUGUCUACAGCCUUCUCAGUCACUGCAGACAGUAGCUCAGUUUCCAUUGCUGUGAUUUCAGUCCAUACCGCACCAGUCUCACUAAGCACAGUCCUGUUCCAGGGGUCGAGGCAACAGUGAGGACAGGCUGCAGUGCAGUGAAAGAGCAAUUCUCUUCAGGAAUUCUGAAGAAAUACAUGGAAAAAUUGAACAUUUCAAAAUAAAGAAAUAGACACAAGCAAAUUAAAGGUUGUCUGCGUUAUUACAUGAACAGGACCGCUUCCGACUCUGAAUUUUAUUUGAGAAACGGUGUCAGUAAUAAUAAAGUAUUUCAAUGAGUCCUGUAUUUCUGUGUGUGAGCUGUUUGAUUUGUUUCUGAUCAGGGGUUCCCUGUUGGAAACGUUAUGAACCACGUUCUGCAAGCUGUAAUCCUGAUUCAAACCAUUCCCUGAUUCACUGCAUCUUUAAACCACUCCCUGAUUCACUGCAUCUUUAAACCACUCCCUGAUUCACUGCAUCUUUAAACCACUCCCUGAUUCAGGCUAUUGCACAGCAAUAAAUCGCGCGUCCAGUCUCAGCAGCGCCUGUGUGUGUAUUAGCGUCAGAGAGAUGACGUCUCCGAGUGCCAGAAAGCAGUCAAGCAGGGGUGGGCGUGUUUACAGCGCGCAGUUUGGGAAAUACGAUUGGUUCACCUUCAAUGUGUGGAUCCUGAUUUGUCAACAGUCCGUGCGGAGGCGGGUCUAGGUAGAAACAGUUCCUUGUUUAGGGAAGAAAGAUAAAUAAAUCGAGAUGCUGCUGUUUUGAAUGGGAGAGUUUAUUGCGUUUAUAUUUUCCUGUUUGUAGACUUGCCAGUGCGAUUUUGUUAAAGGGGCUCGGUUCUGGAAUUGAAGACCCGCAGCUGACCUUCAGCUAGAGACGUAAGGAUUUGUUUAAAGUCUAUUGUACCAAGUGAAGAUGAAGCGAGCUCUCGAGUAACGGUUUGCAUCGUGCACAGCGCAGCAUUGGCUCAGUUUACUGAUCAGCAAACUGACACCACAGGGAUGUAUUAUACACAAAUACAGUGAAACAGCUUACGGCUUACUCGUUGAAUAAUUCUCAUGAUGUGUUUUAAUAAUUAACAUUGCGUUUAACUUCGUGGACCGUGGCUAGGUUAUUAUUGUAUUGCAUUGGCUGCGUUUGCCUGAAGCCGCUACUGUGAGUUUGCAUGAACAGCCAAACACAGACUCGGGCUGCAGCGCAUUCUGAACAGCGAGGAAGGGCUUCUUCUGAUCGGUCGCUGUCAUAUAUGCAACGUUAGGAAUUGAAAGAGAAGCUGACGCCGCUACAGCCUGCUGUGAUCGCUCAGUGUCGAGGGGGCUGAUACAUGUGUGCAUUUGAAAAUUAAAAGCCGUGUUCUUUGCUUCAGGACAGAGCUGCAGAUUAACCUGCUUUUCUGAUGGAAUGGAAGGAUUUCAGAUGGAAUGUGCCCACAUCAAACAGGAGGCUCCAGAGCUGGACUCUGACAGCAUUGCACAGCAUGUCUCUGAACUGGGGACCGUGCACAUCAUAGAGGAGAGUCCUGACUGGGAAUCUGUCCACAUUCAAACAGAAAGGGCCACCAUGACAUCAUCCUAUCCCUGUCCCCACUGUGAAGUGUCUUUCACUGGACAGUCGUACCUUCAGGGACACAUAAAGAACAAACACAGGGAACAAUACCUGGAGACACUGAGAGCGGGAUCACUGAAAAGCAAACCAUUCCAGUCCAGACGCCUGACUGCAUUAAACUUACUGAGCACAGCAGUGGAGGAGCCUGCGUGUGCCAGCAACUCUGAAACCGUGGCUGAGCGGCAAGCAAACUGCCACCACUGCACUGACUGUGGGAAGAGCUCUAGUGGGCUCGCCCGCAUGAAGAGACACCGUGGAAUUCACGUGGGACAGCCCCCGUAUCACUGCUCUGAAUGUCUGAAGAGUUUCAGGGAUUCUGAAAAACUGGAAACUCACCAGAGGACUCACACAGGAGAGACUCCGCAUCACUGCCCUGACUGUGGGAAGAGCUCUAGUGGGCUCGCCCGCAUGAAGAGACACCGUGGAAUUCACGUGGGACAGCCCCCGUAUCACUGCUCUGAAUGUCUGAAGAGUUUCAGGGAUUCUGAAAAACUGGAAACUCACCAGAGGACUCACACAGGAGAGACUCCGCAUCACUGCCCUGACUGUGGGAAGAGCUUCACUCAGUUAGGAAAUCUUAAAAUCCACCAGCGAAUCCACACAGGGGAAAGCCCCUACAGCUGUGCUGAGUGCAAGAAAAGCUUCAAGUACUUGGAGUCCCUGAAACAGCACCAGCGAAUCCACACAGGAGAGACUCCGUAUCACUGCAGUGAAUGUGAGAGGAGCUUCAGUGUGCUGGGAAACCUGAAGAAACACCAGCGAAUCCACACAGGAGAGACUCCGUAUCAGUGCAGUGUCUGUGGAAAGAGUUUCAAUCAGGUACAGAACCUGAAGAAACACCAGCAGAUGCACAGCGGAGAAACGCCGUUCGUCUGUACUGACUGUGGAAAGAGCUUCAAUCAGCUGGGGAACCUGAGAGCUCACCAGCGCAUUCAUACAGGGGAGACCCCGUAUAUAUGCGGGGAGUGUGGGAAGAGUUUCAGACAGUCAGGAAACCUCAAAACACACCAGAGAACUCACACAGGAGAAUCUCCGUACGUGUGUGUAGAAUGUGGGAAGGGUUUCAAAGACUCUGGGAAACUGAGAAGACACCAGCUGGUUCACUCAGGAGAGACUCCCUAUCACUGUGUGGAGUGUGGGAAGAGCUUCAACCAGCUCGGAAAUCUUAAAGCACACCAGCGAGUUCACAAGCGACACACUGCCAAGUAUCCAUGCUGAAUGCAGCUCUGAAAUCUUAAAGCACACCAGCGAGUUCACAAGCGACACACUGCCCUCUAUCUUGCUGAAUACAGGCCUUGUCAAUGGACAGGCUGUUGAAAGAUUUUGCACCUUGAUUAAAAACUCAUUUGUAUGUGUGGUUUGAAAUAGACGCCCAGGUUCACGUGUACAAUAGUGUGCGUGUGUAUAGAAAAGUACAAAGUGACCCAUGAAGCAAUGUCCUGACACUCAGCUGUUUUAAACAGACACGCUCAGCUCACUAAAACAAGGUUUAAAAGCAGCAGAUUGAAGAAAGAAUUCAUAGAGGCAACAAAUAAGCAUUCCCAUGACUGUCAGUCCAGCUGAUAUUGGACUGGUCUUGAGAAGGAAACACUGUGCUUGCAUCCAGUGUACAGAAGACUGCAGUGGGUUUGUUAAAGCUGUUUAAUGUGCGAGUAUUGUGUCUGUUCCAGGCACAGCGUAGUAGACUUUAAUAAAUGGUGUUGCUGGACAGUAUGGUAUGCGAUAAUGUGCGCAUCACGAUGCCUGUGGAGUUUCACGCACAUUAAUGAAACGUGCUGCCGCUUGUCCGUUUCGUUCUAUUGUAACCUGACGUGCAUGUCAUGUGUUGCUUUAUUCCUGGAGGUCUGAUGAAGUCAGCUCUGUCGUCAUCUGAACGGCCUUUUGCUUCACUCCGCUGCUGUAAUCUGAUCACGCACUUUUACGCGCAAGACGGCGACACGCAUUCAAUAGAGUUGCUGCUGUCAGAAAUAGAAGAUUAAGUGUUAAAACGGCUUGCCACGCCUAAACCAUGGUGAGAGAUACGAUUGUGCAUACAGGAGCAGGCGACGUCAGGCAACCCGCAGCCGAACGCAGCCACUGCAACGUCAGCAACCAGAACGCCUGCAGCGACGGGCAGUUUGGCUGUCUAAUCAGGGCACGCCAGAAGCCCAAGCUGUGACCAGUGAAAGACUGGAAGAGGAGGGUGUUAGUGGAGGGUUUCCUGUUGCAUUGUUCCAGAGCGAGUGCUGGUCCUGUGUGGAAACCUGCCUUUAAACCCUGGUAAGACGAGGCUCUGAAGAUGAAAUCUGCCCACAUUAAAGAGGAGAUCUUUGCCCGGGAAUGUGCUAUGCCUCCAGAAACGAGGACACGACGGCCAUGGCUUGAAACUGAAGACACAGACCCGAA